AUGACCGUCCAGGCCAGGAGAUCCUCCGCAGCAUACAGCAAACCCUCGCCGUAUUCUGCGCGGACACAAGUACAAGACAGCGACGUCGAAAAACACCCUCUCAAUGCCCGCCAAAAUUACCACAACCACAAUCACAACCACCACCAUCACCUAAGCGAUGGCGACGAUGAGACCUCCGAUUCUGGGCCCGACCACUCCUCCACAUCCUACCCGCCCUUCGGCGGCGCGGGCAUGCGUCGCGCAAGAGCACCCGUGGGCUUCAGAGUACCGCAGCGGAUUAUGCGAUGGCUGUGUUUCGCGCUAUUCGCCUCCCUCGUGCUCUUUAUCCUCACACUCUUCCGCUUCACAAUCUCCUCCUCCGUCUCGCAGGUUAACGUUGAGCUACCAAAGGUUAAACCGAACAAACCCCCACUAUGGGAAAGUUUCCCGUUCCUGAAACGCUACGAGGGUGGACUCACCAGCCUGGUGAAGCGCAGCGACAAUGUACCUGAAUACCCCGGCGACAAUGCGGACGGAUUGGCGCUACCCGAGGAAGUGUCCGCCCAAGAGGACAACAAUAGCUUGAAAGCGAGAGAUUUGAAACCUACUAUGACGAGUAGUGUGUUCAACCCAUACCCGGAUUACAACUCGUUGGAAUACAUUCAGAAGUAUGGUGAAAAGCGCGAAUGCUUUUUGGAUCAGGACAACUCUAUUCGAGUUCCCGCCGUUCAGUCAUACCCCGGUAUACCCAAAGGCUUCCCGGACCCGGCAAUCGGCUCGAAUACGAUGUUGGGAAUUCGCGAUGAUAUGUGUUUCGACCGCUUCGGUCGAUUGGGGCCAUACGGCCUGGGAUAUGGAGUCAAGAAGGGCGGCAGCGGGGCUGGAUUGGAAGGCCACCGCGAUGGUGCUGAGCGUAUUUGGGAAGAUGUGCCCCCGGUGGAUUUCCGCCAGGUGGAUUGGGCGGGUGCGCAGCAGCGUUGUCUUGCGGCCAACCGCCAUCGGUUCAACUUGACCGAGCCACGUCUGAACCGAUUUGUCUCUAUGCCCGUGGGUAUGCCUAAGGUGGAGAUUCCAUCUAUCGAGGACAACCGUGAGACAGAGGCUAAGAUUGGGUCGGAGCGCUUGCCUCGAACUGCGAUUGUCAUCCGUACCUGGCAUGACUUCAACUAUACUCCCGAGGACAUUGUUUACCUUCGAUCGGUGAUUUCAGAGCUUGCGCUGUCGUCUGGCGGUGAGUACACCGUGCACUUCCUCAUUCACGUCAAGAACAACGAUCUCCAGAUCUGGGCGGACGACGAGACCUAUGAGAAAGUGCUCAGCGAGGCCCUUCCCGAGGAAUUCCGUGGCAUGGGCACACUCUGGACGGAAGCCCAGAUGUCUCUGAUGUACCCCGGGCUCGAGGAAACAUUCACUCGUGGAUUACCCGUUCACGGCGUCUACCGCAGCACCUACAUGCCGAUGCAAUACUUCGCCUACCAGCAUCCAGAGUACGAUUUCUUCUGGAACUGGGAGAUGGACGCCCGCUACACGGGUCACUGGUACCACCUAUUUGACAAGGUGGGCGACUGGGCGAAGCAGCAGCCUCGUAAGGGUAUGUGGGAGCGUAAUGCGCGUUUCUAUGUUCCCUCGGUGCAUGGGUCGUGGGAAGAUUUCCGCCAGAUGGUCCGCGUGCAGACUGAGAUUGGUACCAACAGCCCCAAUAACAUGUGGAGUAUGUACAAGGCCGGCUCUGAAGGUGGCGAGAAGAACUCGCAUGGUCUACACCAGCAAGGCGACAAGGCGGUCUGGGGCCCUGAGCGGCCUGACGAGCCCGAUAUCUUCGAGGUUGAGGGCGAGGGCAUCCCACCCACCACCGUGGAGAAGGAUCAGUACCAGUGGGGUGUGGGUGAAGACGCGGAUCUGAUUGUUUUUAAUCCGCUGUACGAUCCCGAGAGCACCACCUGGCUUCUCCGUGAUGAUGUUACUGGCUACAGCCACGAGAACGGGUUCCCUCCGCGCCGCACGGCCAUCAUCACCGCCUCUCGUCUAUCCCGCAAGCUUCUAACCACCAUGCACCGAGAGACCAGUCUCCGCCACCACACCAUGUUCUCGGAGAUGUGGCCUGCCACCACGGCGCUGCACCACGGCUUUAAGGCCGUGUACGUUCCACACGCCGUCUAUGUUGAUCGUCGCUGGCCGACCCGCUACCUGGAAUCCGUCUUUAACGCUGGACGCAACGGCGCCUCUGGUGGUGCCCGCACAUCAGUCUUUGGCGACCGCGAGCACAACUUCAAGGGUACAACCUGGUUCUACUCUGCAGGCUUCUCACCUAACCUCUGGCGUCGCUGGCUUGGUCUGCGCGUUGAUAAUGACGGUGGUGAGCAGCAGGAGCUGGCUGGUGAGGGACGCAUGUGUCUGCCCCCCAUGCUCCUCCAUCCCGUCAAGGAUGUGCAGAUGGUGAUUGAUGAAGGGGCUCAUGCCGAGGAUCGAUGA